GUCAAAAUCAGGUGAGUCAGCCCAAUAUGCGAUCAAUGUCAUCCACACCCUUAAUACUCAAUCGCCACUUUUGACACAAGGUUAUUAUGGUCAAUUUCUUUGUGAUAAAGUACUCGCGACUAUAUUUGUGUAAAAUUGUAAAAGGCUGUAAAUUUUUAAUCUAAAAUUAGAGCAUAAUGUCAAGUAUAGCUUCAAGCAUGAAUAGCAAAGGAGGUAAAAAGAAGAAAAGUAAAUCUUCAGCACCACCUGGUUCUGAAUCGGACCAGAGUGUAGACACUAACAGUUUGUCAGCAGAAUCUCAGGAGGCAGGACGGUCUCCAAGUAGUGCACAUAAGUCAACAAGGAAAAAAGGAGAAUGGGAAAUAUUAGAAGGUCUUAAAGAGGGGCAGAGAUUUGACCUUGUCCCACGCAAAUUUGAGGGUUUCUUGCUCAAGCGUCGAAAAUGGCCUCUCAAAGGCUGGCACAAGAGAUACUUUGUCCUAGAGAAGAGCACUUUGACAUAUGCCAAGUCUAUUGCUGAUUUAGCAAGAGGCAGAAUCUUGGGGAAAAUGGAUAUUGGUAUGUCUGUUAUUUCAACAAAAGCCAGGAGGAGAAGAAUUGAUAUUGAUGCUGACACUUUGAUAUUUCAUCUGAAGUGUAAGUCUCGAGAGGUGUACUUACAAUGGGUCGAACAGUUAAAACAGCAUAGACUGCACAAGCAACACCAAAUACUCUACAGCAAGGAUCAGCAGAAGCUGGCUUCUCCAGCAUCCCCGUCAGAUGAUUCUCCUACAGGACAGGGAAGGGCGUAUGCACGGACAAAAGCAGUGAAGCGGCCGCCAACUUCAGCACGUUCUCCCACACCGGACCCUUUGAUAUCAAGUGGACGCACUUCCUUGCCUGGCUCUUUACCGGGAUCACAUCACAAUACAUUGAAUCGUGAAGGCAAGUCAAAUACCUCAACCACAUUAACUGGGGCAGCAGCUGGGGCUGGAACUCUGCGAGCAUGGUUGGUAGACAGCUCUGGAUUAGAUAUUUUGACAAAAGAAAUAAAUAAUACCCAACAGCAUGUUCAGCAGUUGGCACACCUUCUAAAUAAUAUAGAACACCAAGAUGAUUUGAGUCAUGGGGAACCAACAACACCUUCUACCAAGUCAAGGAGAAAAUUCCGUUUAAGGAAACACAAAAGUAAUAAAUCAACUGGAGGUGAAAUAAUUAUUAACACAAGCCCUGGUAAAGGAGCUACUGAUCAGGUUGAUGCAGUUAUGCCUUCUCUUCAAGUUGAUGGUAACCUUUGUGAACUUCGUCCUCUCAGUAGUAGUAAUCCAACGUUAGCUCUUCAUAAUGUUCAUGGGAAUCAAUAUGUGCGGCCACAUAGUUACUCUGACAAUGCGUCAGCAGUUGUAGCAAGUAAUCAGCCUCCAAACACACCAUCCCCAACUUCGCAGACUUCGUUCUCUAAUCCACCACAAAUCACACUUUCAAUGGAGAGCUCUUCCAGGGAGGACUUCACAGUUUUAGCUAAAGAAGUUGUUAGUCAGAUAUGCCAAGUUCUUCGUGGAAUUCAAAGUGAGAGAGAAAAACUGCGUCAGGCAUUGGAGUCAGAGUCGAAUGUUUUAUCUUCCCACAACACUACUUCUAUUAUUGCUGCUCUUAGAAAUUCAUUGAAUCAGGCUUUGCAACAGAAUGCUGAGCUAAGAGGACGUCUUGCAAGGAUCCACGCUGAUUCCGAUUUGACGGAUAUUUCUGUUCCACCUUCCAUGUCUGAGAUGCUUCACAAGUCGCUUCACACUUCUUUAUCUUAUGAGAGUAGCUCAUGCUUUAGUGCUUCCGAGUACUUUGAUGCUGCUGAUGCAUUUAGUGAUGCAGGUGGUACAGACACAAGCUCUGAAGCUUCCUCUGAUAAUAGUUCCUUUACAAGUGAAGCAAGUGAUGCUGGAACAGAUGCUCACCCAAGUGUUGCGGACAGUGAGGAUGUCACUGCAGAAAUUGAAGAAGAUGGAAAGUGUUUCACGGGACGUCGUACCCGCCUCCCAGCUCCAAGACCUAUUACCGAGGACUUUUCCGUAUGGAACUUCUUGUAUAAAAAUAUUGGCAAAGAUCUAUCGAAAGUCUGCAUGCCUGUAACUCUCAAUGAACCCCUUAAUAUGCUUCAACGGAUGUGUGAAGAACUUGAGUAUAGUGAGUUAUUGGAUAAAGCUGCUGGGUUGGAAAAUGAUGGUGAUCGAAUGGUGUUGGUAGCAGCUUUUGCAGUGUCUGCGUAUGCGUCAUCAAUCUAUCGAGCAGCUCAUAAACCUUUUAAUCCAUUGUUAGGGGAAACUUUUGAAUGUAUAAGAGAGGACAAAGGAUUCCGAUUUGUUGCUGAACAGGUUAGCCACCACCCACCUGUCAGUGCUUGCUAUGCAAAGAGUUGUAACUUCACGUUCUGGCAAGAUAUCCGCAUCAAAAUGAAGUUCUGGGGAAGAUCUUUGGAAUUCCAGCCUUCUGGUAAAGUCCACUUAAUUCUUCGAGAGCAGGAUGACUCAGGAAAGGAAGACCAUUAUGAGUGGAACAAAGUUACAACUUGUGUCCAUAAUUUGUUUGGAGGAGGCCAGCGAUGGGUUGACCAAUAUGGUGAAAUGAUCAUCAGGAACCCAAAUAAAGGCUUGACUUGCAAACUUUCCUUUGUUAGAGCUAGCUCUUGGUCCUCUAAAAGGCAUGAAGUUUUUGGCGUGGUGACUGAUGCAUCAGGAACUGUUCUACAUAAUCUCUUUGGCAAAUGGACUGAAGCACUGUAUUGCGGUCAUGCUCCAUCAGCUCGAGUGGUGUGGCGGCCUGGUAGUAUGCCUGAAGAUUAUCACCUUUACUACGGCUUUACUCGGUUUGCCAUUGAAUUGAAUGAGCUCGAUGAAGAUCAGUCCAAGUAUUUGCCACCUACAGAUACAAGAUUUAGACCUGACCAAAAAUUAUUGGAAGAAGGAAACAUUAAUGGUGCUGAAACAAUGAAGACAGCUCUUGAGCAGCAGCAACGAGAGCGACGAAAGCAUCGCGAAGAGACUGGCAUAGAGCAUGUUCCAAUGUGGUUCAGACGUGAUAUGAACAGCAAGGAAGAGAGCUGGGUUUUCACUGGUGAAUAUUGGAUUAAGAGAAAAGAUCCUGGCUUUGUCAAUAUGACAUUUGAAAAAUUAUGGUAGUGGAGAGUUUGGUUUGAAGGAUUUCUUUCAAUGACACAUUCCUCAUCCAUAGAUCACUGAGCCUGAUCGCUGUAAGCCAUCCGUACAGUUUGUUUCUUUGAAAGGGAAUUGUUCCGUGGUUAGGGCGUAGAAAGUGAUAUGUAAAUGUAAAUUGUUACGUAUAUUUGUGUACGCAUUGUACAUGUUUUAUUUGUUAUUUUAACCGUUACGUAGCAUUACCAAAUAGUGUUAUAGGAGGAGUCUUGACUUUAUUAUCGACCAAACCCUAUUGGUUAGUGAGUUUUAUUAUCAGGAGUGUUAUUUAUCUUUGUUUUUCUGAGGUGAACUAUACUUCAAGUUGUAACAAUGUAAAACAACAUUUCCUGAUAACCAUUUAUAUCAGGGUUAAACAUUCCAAGUAUUUUCAUAAUAUUUUAAAGGCUGUCAUGUUUAUUAUUGUUGAAUCUACUUAAAGGAUUUACGUGAUGCUUGAAAAGUUAUAUGCUGUUAACAAAAUUGAAUAGCUGAUGCUUUAUAGCCAUGAUUACUUAACAUUUGGUCAUUGAAUUGGUGUUGUUUAUUGAGGUAUUGUACAGUAGUAUUUAUUGUGUGACCGAAUGAAAGUAUUGAAUGUGUAGCCCCACGGCUUAUGCUAGAGAAAGUGUUUUUUAAGAGCAUAUGAACUGGGCAAAUCUUAUUAAUAGUAGCUUGUAGCAUAAGAACUUAAAUUUGUUUAUAAACUAUUAUUGUUAUUGUUGUUUUCUUUUAAAGUUUUCUUACCAAGUUCUUGUAAAUUUUAAGAUCUGAAAGUUUCUUUUACACAGGUAUUCUAUAUCGAUUCAUUUUGAUGUUAGUUCGCAGCCUUUUGCAGUGAUAAUGAGUCUUUCUAUUAUCUGCCUUAUGGAAAAAGUAACUUUAUUCUUACACCUCAUUCUUGGUAAACUGUCAUUAAUGAGAAGUAAGGUUGAAGUUAUACUGUAUUUGGGUACUGGUGACUUCUUCUUAGCAUAUUGUAAGUAAUGACAUUUUACGCAUAAGGGGCAAAUUACUGGUGAUUGCAUCAUUCAGGAUACUAUUCAGUAAUCUCAAACAGUAUUUUCUUUUGUAGAUUAUUGUCAUAAUGAUAGUAUUGAGUCAUGUGAAAACAUUAUUGUAUUGGCUAGAUGGGUAAUUUCCUCAUUACCAGUGGUGUGUGUUGCGGAAAGAAUUUUUUAUGUACCAAGUGGAGAAACUGUUAUAAGUGAUACAUCUGUUUUGACUUGUGUGUCACAAUAGUAAGUGAUCCAUUCAAGUGUUAGAAUGUGGGCCUAUACUUAGCUUUUGUGAUUUGCCCUUGUGUGAAGCAGGAAAGCCAAUCAUUUAAUUUUCACUGAUAUGCUUUUUUCCAGAGAAGCAUUUAAACCUGCAAGAGAGAUAGUGUAUAAUUACCAGGUAAUUGCAGUUUUCUUGUAACUCUGUAGUGUAGACAUAUAAAUCUUAGUGACACAGUACUAGUUUGAGAAAGUCAGUUGGCUUAUUCCAUAAUGCUGCAUUGUACACAUUAUUUUUGGGGCUUGGCCCACAAAAACACACCUUACCUGGCAAAAAAUGGUAACAUUUCCCACUUUCCCAAAUUUUUUUUAAGUGUGUAUAUAUAUUUUACAUACGGUAAGUGUAUGUUUACUGUACAUGUGUAUACAGGAGGUUCUCGGUGUUCAUCUUUAGACUGUUUUGUUUAUCUUAAGAUAUAAAGACAUACUGAUCUUCUUGGCAGACAAAACUACCUUUUAAUUAUUCAGAUUUAUCAAGUUUUUUGUCAUAUACACACAUGAAAAUAAUUCUCUUGUGAACUGAAUAAUUGAAUGAAAAUGGGAAAAAUGCAUUACUAAAAUUUAUUUUGGGGUAAACUGAAGAACAUUAGCAUUUACUAUUAAAUGCAAUUAAAUUAAAAUGCAAGUAAAUGAAUAACAGAAAAUUAUUAAAAGUUAUCAGUAGAAGUGUAAAGAAUAAAAAUAUUACAAUAUUUGCUAUCAAAUUACAGUCUCUCUCUCUCUCUCUCUCUCUCUCUCUCUCUCUCUUCUCUUCUC